AUGAACGGGACCGAGGGCCCGAACUUCUACGUGCCUUUCUCCAACAAGACGGGCGUGGUGCGCAGCCCCUUCGAGGCCCCGCAGUACUACCUGGCUGAGCCAUGGCAGUUCUCCAUGCUGGCCGCCUACAUGUUCCUGCUGAUCGUGCUCGGCUUCCCCAUCAACUUCCUCACGCUCUAUGUCACGGUGCAGCACAAGAAGCUGCGCACACCCCUCAACUACAUCCUGCUCAACCUGGCCGUGGCCGACCUCUUCAUGGUCUUCGGGGGCUUCACCACUACCCUCUACACCUCUCUGCAUGGAUACUUCGUCUUUGGGCCCACGGGCUGCAACCUGGAGGGCUUCUUUGCCACCCUGGGCGGUGAAAUCGCCCUGUGGUCCUUGGUGGUCCUGGCCAUCGAGCGGUAUGUGGUGGUGUGCAAGCCCAUGAGCAACUUCCGCUUCGGAGAGAACCACGCCAUCAUGGGCGUCGCCUUCACCUGGGUCAUGGCUCUGGCCUGCGCCGCGCCCCCCCUGGUCGGCUGGUCCAGGUACAUCCCGGAGGGCAUGCAGUGCUCGUGCGGGAUUGACUACUACACGCUCAAGCCGGAGGUCAACAAUGAGUCGUUCGUCAUCUACAUGUUCGUGGUCCACUUCUCCAUCCCCUUAAUCGUCAUAUUCUUCUGCUACGGGCAGCUGGUGUUCACCGUCAAGGAGGCGGCUGCCCAGCAGCAGGAGUCGGCCACCACUCAGAAGGCCGAGAAGGAGGUCACCCGCAUGGUGAUCAUCAUGGUCAUCGCUUUCCUGAUCUGCUGGCUGCCCUACGCCGGGGUGGCAUUCUACAUCUUCACCCAUCAGGGCUCUGACUUUGGCCCCAUCUUCAUGACCAUCCCGGCUUUCUUUGCCAAGACUUCGUCCGUCUACAACCCCGUCAUCUACAUCAUGAUGAACAAGCAGUUCCGGAACUGCAUGCUUACCACCCUCUGCUGUGGCAAGAACCCGCUGGGUGACGACGAGGCCUCCACCACCGUCUCCAAGACAGAGACCAGCCAGGUGGCGCCUGCCUAA